AUGGAAGAGGUAGGCACCAGCCACUCCGUUGGGAAAGCAUCGGACCUCUCACCAAGGCUCCGGCGCCAGCCAGCUCCAAGCGGUGGAGCUGCCGAGGCCGUGAAGGCGCUCACAAGCCGGCCUACCAACCAGAGCAUUUUCAGCGCUGCCAUGCCUGCUCCCGGAACCCGCUCGGCCCAAAACAUAUCUUCUUCAGCGCCCCAGUACCCGAGCGGCCUCGAGCUUGACGAGGCUGAUUCGUACGAGGCCAUCGAGAGCUCCUUGGUCUAUGUCGACAGAAUCGUUACCCCUCAGCCUCUGGAACCCUACCAGUUCUUUUUUGGAAGCCCUUUCGGAUCAUUCGAGUCCCUGACCUUGCGGGGAGGCGAUGGCAAGCCUCGGGCCAGCUCUGCCCCCUGGGCUACGGGGCUUAUGGGUGGAGGGCAGUGCGACACGGCUGUGGACGAGGGCUCAGCGGAUCAGUGCCUCCAAGCUGUCCGCAGUGCAUCGUCAUCAUACCCGUCCGAGGGCCUGCGUGUCUCCCCAGAGCUACCCAGCCCGCCGUCGGCUUCGAUGCGGAAUCGCUGGUUCUCAUCGCUGACACGCUUUGGCAAGCCCGGUGGCCAUCUGUCGUCACUCUUCCGGUCGUCGUCUUCAUCUGCUGCUUGCCGCCCAGGCCGUGAGGGCACAUCUUCAGACGAAUGCGCUCGAGCUGAGACCGAUACUGUCACCACGGUCGAGAGCUUGCAAGAUGGCCCACAUGGUGUGCCUCUCGAAAAGGUGCAGGCUCGGCACCAACACGAGACACAGCAAAUCGAGUCACCAGAACCGGGACAGGAAACACCAUGCCCAACUGCAGCCAAGGACGUAUUCACGGUUUCGCUGCGGGAGCGGCCAACGCCCAGCAUCCGCGACAGUGUCUUUGAUGGACUAGAAGAUGCCAUCAGCGUGUCCGGCUCAAGUCUGUUGACAUUAUCAGAUAUUUCCUUUGCCUCGAUCCGUUGCAAUCCGCGACAGUCGGACGACCCCAUGGCAGACGAGCCCAUGGCCCUAGCUAGAUACCGCCGAAAGACACACAGGGAGACAUCGCCCGACUUGGACACCACGAGAACCACGCUAUGGAGGCAGAUGAUGGGUAAAGAGAGGGUCCCCUGGUACCGGCGCUGGAGCCGUCGGUUCAAGGACGCCCAGCGCCCCGUGUCCCAGACUCGCGAUGGGCCCCGCCCCAAGGGCGAUCAAAUCUCAACGGCUGUGCCGGCAAAGACUCGACGCCCACUAAGCAGCACCCGCAAUUCUGGCGAGCAGGUCCAGCAACCGCUUAUCUCCGAGGCCUCGUCUGAGCACGCGGCUUCAAUCGAAGAAGAGCAACAGACGAGUGAAGGAGGACAGGCCCCUUCGGAGAGCCUUUCGGUCGUCAACGAAUGCCCCGAGGAUGUGGCUGAGCCCACGCAAGCAGAUUCCCACACGACAGAGAGCCCGGGCUUGCCACAGGAUAACCUGCCAGACACUCAAAGCCAACCUGAGCUGCCCGCCGAAGCCGAGACCCUAUCAUUGAGUCCCACGAUGGUCCCUGUAGAGACCUUGAUAGAGACUCAGGCGCACGACGGAGAGGAUACAGAGGCCCGGCCUCUUCCAGAACCCCUGUACACCCUGGAGGAUGUCAUUCAGAGUCUUUCCCAGACCCCAGCACGCGCUGAGCGACAUUCAAGCCCACAGGGAGAGCCUCGGACGAUAUCCAGGCAGGAGGUUCCAGAACAGCAGGAUGGAGAGGCCCAAGGCCAGACCACAGUCGAUAGCGGCCCAGACGACAGGUCUUACUCGGAGGACGUGAGCGACUCUGCUUCAGGGGCCACCAUGUGCCAAGGAUUUGGGAUUUCUGACGAGGAUCCUGAAAUUGCAUCCGACUACGCACUGGCAGCGUAG